AAGUUUUACUGCCAACUCAGCUCCGCUCUCCGACGAGGAAGUCAGGAUUUUUUUUCAAGCUUCUUCUUUUACCUCUAGUAGACACAACACCGCAUCUUAUUUAUUUGCUGAAUGCGUUUCUGACUCUCCAUUUAUCAAUGAUCUCAAUAUUGUGAUUUUUUUUUUUAUAAUUGUGACGGGAUUUGUGCUUUUUUUGAUUUAUUUGUGGGAGUUUAUUACUUGGAUAGAGAAUUUAUAGGUCGAAGACAUUGCUUUAGGUAUUUCUCAAGAAUAGUUUGAGAAUGACGAAAAACCAAUUUCUUACCGUGCCUCAAACGGCAAUCUGCAUGGUAAGAAACGAAGCAUCUAUGUCUGGGUACAGAUUAGCUCCGUCUUCGGAUAAUCGGUCGGUGGCGAUGCCACCACCCAACAUAGAUUUACCAGACGGAAACUUUGGUGUUCCUUUCACUGAUGUGGAUGAAAAUCGAGAGAGGGGUAACUGGUCUAGUGGAGUAGAGUUUUUGUUGUCCUGUCUCAGUUAUGCCGUUGGUCUCGGCAAUAUAUGGAGAUUUCCAUACCUUUGCUACAGAAACGGUGGAGGUGCUUUUUUGAUACCUUACGUAAUAAUGAUGCUUUUUGUUGGACUGCCUUUGUUCUUAAUGGAGCUGUCAUUCGGGCAGUAUGCAAGUGAAGGACCUGUUACGAUAUGGAAAAUAUGUCCAUUAUUUCAAGGUCUUGGAUAUGCCAUGUUCAUAAUGUCAGGUUUAGUAGGAAUAUACUACAAUAUGAUAUUAGCCUGGGCUCUGUUCUAUUUGCUUUCUUCUUUUACAACUCACUUACCUUGGAGUUCUUGUGACAAUUGGUGGAAUACUGAAGCUUGUAGAAAGUUUGAUACAAAGAACUGCACCUCUCAUAACGGAACUGUACUGUCAAAUGGCACGUGUGUGCAACAGGUCAAUGUAUCCCCUGAAGACUGGGCUGAAUUCACUAAACACAAUUCAAAGAUGGCCAGCGAUGAAUAUUUUCACAACUUUGUUCUGGGAAUCACAGAUGGCUUACAUGAUCUGGGAGGAAUGAGAUGGCAGUUGGCUUUAUGUUUAUUUGCCUGUUGGUCAAUCGUUUUAAUUUGUUUACUGAGAGGUGUAAAAAGUAUGGGAAAGGUUGUGUAUUUCACUGCACUUUUCCCUUAUCUAGUACUUAUUAUUCUGUUGAUCCGUGGGACUACCUUGGAAGGCUCUUAUGAUGGCAUAAUGUUUUAUCUUACACCAGAAUGGGAAAGAUUAUUAGACGCAAAGGUAUGGGGAGAUGCUGCAAUGCAAAUCUUUUUCUCCUUAUCACCUUGCUGGGGUGGUCUCAUCACUCUUGCAAGCUAUAAUCGUUUCCAUAACAAUUGCUUCAAGGAUGCCUUGUUUAUUACUUUUGGAAACAGUGCCACAAGCUUUUUUGCUGGUUUUGUGAUAUUCAGCAUUGUAGGAUUUAUGGCUCAUGAAAUGGGUGUUCCUGUUAAAGAAGUUGCAGCGCAAGGUGCUGGUUUGGCUUUUAUUGCAUAUCCUGAAGCUGUUGCACGGUUACCAGUUUCACCACUUUGGGCUUUCCUCUUUUUCUUCAUGUUACUUACACUUGGAUUGGGUACUCAGUUCACCCUAAUUGAAACCGUUUCUACCUCAAUUGUGGAUACGUUUCCUGAACGUCUAAGAAGAGCUAAGUCUUACGUUGUAGCCGGUGUGUGCUUAGUAAGCUAUCUAUGUGGUCUUGUCAUUUGUACAAAGGGAGGAAUGUAUGUUUUACAAUUGAUGGAUAACUACUGUGCUAGUUUUUCUGCCCUUAUAAUUGGAUUUGUUGAAGUCAUUGUGAUUGGUUGGGUGUAUGGGGCUGAGCGGUUUCUCAAUGACAUGAAAGUAAUGAUGGGAUUCUAUCCAUAUCCUUACCACUAUUGGAGAAUUGUGUGGAAAUUUGUUGUUCCCGCUCUAAUUGGGUGUAUUCUCAUAUUUUCCUGUAUGAACCUAAAGCCUACUGAGUAUGGUGAAUAUGUUUAUCCUAAUUGGGCUACUGCUGUUGGAUGGAUAUUUUCCCUAAUAUCAGUUGCUGCCAUACCUUUCGUUGUUGUGCUGAAAAUAUGCCAAGCUAAAGGCCCCAUUUUACAGCGCAUUCGUGUCUUACUGGAACCCACAGAAGAUUGGGGACCCAAACUCCAGAUGCACCGCAUGGAAACACACAGUCCAAAACAUACCGACUCUCAAGUGCCCCUUGCUCUUCCAAAUUAUGAUCCGGAUGGUUACGGUGACAACGACUUUGGUGGUGAUAACCUUGGCAGUAAACUCAGCAUUGGUGAUGACAGUAACUCUGAGUUCGAAGGUCUACGCCUCAACAUCCCAUCACACGUCACAGAGACAGGCGUGUGAUCGUGUACGAAACUGACACACAAAAAACUACGUUAGAAUACAUUCUUGUGCCUCGUGUACGCGUGCCACAUCAAGUUCCUGAGUAGGGUGCUUCUCUGUAGAACAGACUUCUGAUGUAAGAGCCCUGGAACUGCCGGCGAAAAUUCAAGAAUAUUCCUGCAAUUUUGCAGCGUUUAAAGUGCCCUUUUUUUAAUGAAAAACCAAAUGUAUUCUAAAUCAAACUUGCAGCUGCGUUUUCAUCUUUUUUUCUCCUUAAAUGUUUGGUAAUGAUGAAAUUUACUUAAUAUGUUUUACUCUGACGAGGCUGGUCCUUUAAAUAUUUUAAUUAAAUUAGACUGAGCUGUGAAGAGUUUUAAAAGUAAAAAUUAUUUUUCAUGAUAAAAAUACUAAUUUAUUUCUUAAAAAUUGGAGUUUAACCAACAACAUAAAAGAAAGGGAAAUAAAAUUGUAAUGAAAGCAAUCUUUAACUCUAUUUAUGUGUUAAAAGACUAUUUUAACAGUAUAGUAUUUGGAGUUUUUGUAUUUUACAAAGCACCAGCCUUGUUAUUGUUUUUCUUAUUUAUUAUAAAUAAAUUUUUAUGCAUUUUAAAAAUGGGUUGUUAUCGAUCUAUUGUUAUUCUUUGGGUUUUAUUUAUAAAAUAAGAAGUUUUCUAAUACUUUAAAUUUUCCAUAUAGUGCUCAGAUUUUUAACAUAUAAUUUAAAGAGAUUUUUAUUAUAUGUCCAAAAUGAGUUUAAGACCUCAUCAGCUGGAAUAGUCGUAGUAUAUAACGUAUUUAGUAAAUUACUUAGUUAUUUUAUAAAUUGUCACACUUUUGUGAUGUAAUUAUUGAAGAUUAAUUUCAAAAAUUGAAGGUACAAUUAUACUUUUUAAAAAAAAUCUAACUUUUCAAGUAAAUUUCAGCAACAAGAGAAUUUUAACAUAACUAUUCAGUUAAAGCAUAAAUAUUUAAAUCUGACUUUCUAAUUUAUCUCAUUCUGUGCUUGUUUACAGUACCUGUAUUUGAUUUAAAAACUUCAAACAUACAUUAAUAUAUAGUUAUUUUUUAAUUAUUCCUUAAUGUUCUAACAUUUUAUCGUGUUUGUUAUAGUUUUAUGAAGGAUUCCUUUUUACUACCGAGUGUUGUAAAACUGGAUUGACUUUUAUUUUAAGUUAUUAAAAGUUUCUACUAAUGUUUUUCAUAGUUGGUGCUUUAAUUUCAUAAAUGUAUUUCCUUAAUUUAUUUUUGAAUUGUUGCAAAAAGUUUUAAGUUCUUCUAAUGUUCUUUUUGAAACAAUUGUAAUGAAAAUAUUAAUUAAAAAUACAUCAAUUGCUUUUUUUUUUUAUCUACAAAUUGGUUAAUUUAAAUAGAUUUUUGGUUCACUUAAACUUAUUUUAUUAAUUAAACUAUAUAUGUAAUUUUGGUUUGCUGUUCAAACAUAGAAACAACAACAAAAAAUAUAUAUUUUGAUAAAUUAUAGUAAUUGAAUGCAUGUGUAACAAGUGUUAUACUUUUAGUUCUUCUACCUGAAGAUAAUCAUCCGGUGAUAAAUUAACAAUUAAACAUAUAUUGCAAUGUUAAUUAUGUAAUUAAAUUGGUUAUUUUUUGCUUUAUAAAUGGAAUAUUUGACAUAUUUAAUUACUCUUUAUGAAACUUUCAUUUUAAAUAUUUAUAAAUGUUGAAACAUACUUGAAAAUUUUUUGUUCUUUAAAGAGGUUUAAAUUUCAUCAUGGUUGUUUUUAUCAUUUUAUAUCACAUAUUCAGUUUUGGGGGAAAAAUAAGUAUGCUCAUAUGUGCAUAAACUUUCAUCUUGCAUACUACUUCUUCAAAUCAUUUUUUUUCUUUUUGUUCAUACCAUUAUCUUGUAUAGAAGUUUGUAUAUAGCAUGUUAUGUAUAUGUGUGGCAUAUGUGUAUAAUAUCUUGAAUAUAUAUACCGUUUCAUAUUACUCAGUGUCUUGUUUUGUUGACCUAUAUGUGCGUUGUUGUCAUAUCAUCAAGUGCCGAAUUACAGCUUUUUUUUCCAAAAGAGAUUGGUGCAUAGGUUGAAAAAUUUAUACCUUUAUCAAAAGAUUUGAAAUUUAUUACUCUGUAAAAUUAUGAUCAAACUGUUGAUAAUUUUUGUUUUGUAUACAUUCAAAUUAUGCUGAUUAUAUCAAUCAUGUGAUUUUUCAUGUUGCUGAUUAUAAUUUAAUGUUAAGUAAUAAUUAUGUAUAUCAAUAGAUUUUUUAAUAGUCUUCACUGAAGUAUUUCUAAAUUCAGUAUUUAACAAAAUUACGAUCCAAGAACUAUUUUGUUGUCAAAUAAUUAUUGAUUCUUUAAUUUCUAGUUAUGGGAAUUCAUUAUUUUGCUGCAUUUUUUAUAAGUGCACAAUGUUGACCCAUAAAGAUAUAGAAGCCAACAUUAUUAAGCAUAAAAUCUCUGAGGUGCUUUCUUUCUUUUUUUUCUUUUUUUUUUUUUUUCUUUUUUUAUAAGCAAUCUUAAGCCAUUUCAUUGAAAAUAAAUACUGAAAUGUAUUUAUUUGUUAUGUAACUAUUAUGAGCAGAAUUUGUGCUUCGUUUACCUAAAAGUGUUAAUCUAAAUUUGAAUUCAAAUUUUACUAGAAAUUUACAGGCAGCACAUUUUUUACUACUGCUAAGAUGUAAACACUAAUUUUAAACUCCAUUUCCCAAUUAGGAAUUUUUCAUUAUUUGAAAUAUCUAUCGAAGUAAAUUUUUGGUUAUUAAAAAACAAUUAUUAACCAAACUUUUAGUAGUUUUGGGUUAAAUUGUAGUUCUUAUUUACUUUGAUUCAACUGACAGUUCGAAUGUUUUCAUAUCUAAUAAAUUUGUAAACAAAUACAUUCUAGCUCAAUGUAGUUAGCUCAAAUAUUUAAGAAAAAUAGAAGCAUUUUUUAAAACCUUAUAUAUAUUGUUGUAAAAAGGAUUUUAGAACUGAAAUUAAAAACAUUUUUAUGCUCAUUCAUUUAUUAAAAUAUGUGCUUGAAAGUGUGUUGCGAAAAUUUAUAUUAAUCUAAAAUUCAUAUAAAAGAGCUUUGUUCAUAAUUAAAAUAUUGUAGGCAGCUUAUUUUUGUUAAGGAAUGCUGCAAUUUUCAAUUCUAAAGGUAUCCACAUUUUGAUUAUCUAUGAGCACUUCAGUGAGAUUAAAAUAAUUUAUUAACCAAAAAAGCAAGCGUUUGUAAUCAUGGAGUGUAGAAAAAAUUAGAAUAUAUUUUUAUGAGAAUUAAGAAAUAUCAAUUUUUCUUGUAAAAUUUGUAAAAUACAUUGCCUUUUUACAUACUUGAAUUAAAUUUAAUUACAACUUACAUAAUUUUCAUUUAUGACUUUUUAUUUACUUGAGAUAAUAGUAAAUUAUUUACUUGAGAUGAAAUCUUCAUAUCUGACUAAAAAUCUUAUUUCAAGAUGAAAUUUAUUAAAAAUGAAGAUAUAUAACUUAAAAUUGAAUUUAUACUAUGUCUAUAUUCAUUUUGUGUACGUAAUUAUAAAGAUGAAAAGUUAAAAUAAUGCAAUUAAAAAUUAAACAAAUCUUAUUAAAUUAUAAUUAUUUGAUACUAGUUUUUAAAACUUUGAUCCUGAAAAAGAAACAUGUGCUUAAAAAGCUGCCAUCUCUUUAUAAAUAAUAUUUCCUGCAAGUUGUGGAUAAUUAAUAAGUUACCAUCAGAUAAUUGAUAAGUCUGUACUGGAUAAUAUUGAUUAGUUUUUAUCUGUAUUUUCAAAUAACUGCUUUUUGUCUAAAUAUUUUUGCUAAUUGAUUGUUUCCAAAUAUUUUCACCAAUACUUGCUUUGUCAUUAAUGUCAGAUCUCAAUUUUCAAAAAAUUUAUUAUUAAUAAUAUAGUGUAAAUUAAUCAUAAUGAGGCAUUGUUGAUGAUUUUAAUGGAAAAAGAGAAAUUAACAUCAAUUAAAACCGAAUUAAGAGGAUAUGAGUCUGUUAGAAUCGGUUUAACAAUUGACUCUCUCUUAAUUUUACCUUGUCUGCACAAUUGUUAAACUAUAGUUUAUUGAUUUGAUCAUGUGUUGUUUUCUUUCAUAUUGUUGCUAGUCAUAUUUCCUUACCCACAUUGUGCUUCCAAAACAUGCAUUAAGCUUAAAUUGUAUUGAAUACAUAUUUUAUGAUUGUGCCAUGUUAAAAUUGUGUGAAUGUUUCGAUUUUUAAACGCAUCUUAUACGACAGAAAUAAAAAAAAAAUUAGUUAUAAAACUUGAUGUUUAUAUUACGUUGAAUCGUCAUCUGCCUAAUUUUAAAUUUUUUUUUUUUUCAUUCAGUAUGCAGUUAUUUUCCUUUUAAAUGAAAUUAAUUUAUAAAUUACUGAUUAUAAAGCGAUGGAUAAUUUUUUGUCUGUAUGAAUGUUUUUAGAAUAACUGUCAUGAUCAGUUUAAGGAAUUUCAUGUUCAUUUUUAAUUUAACCAAACAUUGCUUUACUAACAACAAUAGUUUUGUAUCUUCCUGUUGUUUCAAAACUGCACUACAGUUUUGGAAUGAAAAUGUUGUUAACUAAAGGGUUCACCUGAAAAAAACACUGUAUCCGAGGUUCGAGCAUGUGUUAUCUUUGGUGCAUGCUAUUAUCAUAGUGAUAUCAUACACAUUUAUAAAAAAAAACACAUUCAUUUUCAUAAAAUAUUUUUAAUGUUAAAAAUUAUACUGUUGAAAAUGUUGACUAUGUUCAGUGCAGCAAAGGUGUGUUUCAUUGUAUCUGCUCUCUUUUCUUAAUAGAAAUGUGUAUUGAAGUGGAAUGUAUGAUAAAAAUGUUCAAUGUAAUUAUAAAAAAAAUAUUCCCUUGGAA